UUGUGACACCCAGUGACCGGAGGAAUCAUGUUUUUGGUGGACGGAAACUCUACAAGCAACCAGUUGGACUGAAGGAUGAACUGAUGAGAAUCCAGUGGUCAAAAGGACAAGAUCACUGACCUCACGUUGUGACAAAGGUGAAACCAUUUAAACUGAUUAGUGACCGGUGCGCGCGGAGGCUGCACACGCACACCACGUUUCUCUCAAGCGGGGUAUUUGGACCCUUUUCUAUCUUCUCUUUUGUUUUUUAAGUCUUUUUUAUAAUUAUUGUUUUGCAAAAGUGUAUUUUAUUACCCCGUUUGUUUCCUGCCCGGGGCAAAAGGAGUCGUGGACAAGCCUCGAGGCAGAGUUCACAGUGGGUCGUUACAGCAGCAGCAGUGUUAUAUAAUCGGCAGUAACAAUCAGUGCAGACAGAGCUGAGAUCGAAGCUGCUGCGCUGCAACCGGAUCACUGCUGAGGAAGCCCAAAGAGGAAACGGUAGGAAAAUAAAGGUUUGUGUGUACCAGCAUGGACAGUAUGCUGGAAAACCUCUCAAAAAAUGAGUUUAUCAGUAUUUGUGUCCGGGAUCCAAGGCUCCAAAAAGAAGACCUGUGGCACACGCAUGUCGACUACGAUAUCUGUUUACAUACCAAUAGCAUGUGUUUCCGAAAGAAGGCUUCCUGUGUGAGGCGGCGUUACAGUGAAUUUGUGUGGCUGCGUCAUUGUCUGGAACAGAAUGCCCUCAUCAUACAAUUACCAAAGUUGCCACCCUGGAACCCUUUCUUCAGUCUGAAGAAUAGAGAGCAGGUCUCACAGAGGAUGAAGGGCCUACAAGAGUUUUUAGAAGGUGUUCUACAUACGCCGUUCUUGUUAUCAGACAGUCGGCUCCAUCUGUUCCUCCAGUCCAACCUCAGCAUCACAAAGAUAGAGAGGUGUGCUCUUGGGAGGACCAGAUACACGGUGGCUGAAGCCAUACAACGUUCCAACCUGGAUUGCAUCAGAAUAGAGGACAAGGGCUCCUGUGACUCCGACUGUGAAAGCAGCUCUUCGUCGUCGGGCUUGGGACAAAGUGUGGACUCUGUGAUGCGAGAUAGCCCACUCCCCUGCUUUGAGUCCUGACAGGCUGAGAGUUGUUUACCUGACAGAACUUCUCACCCUCACAUACGAAGUCUUGAUGUUCUGCUGUUUUACCCCCACGUGGCUUUCUUUUUGUACAUGGAUGUAUUGACUGUUUUCUCCUCCAAGCAUCAAAAGGAAAAAAAAUCCAUUUAGUCUUGUUAACUCCAUUACGCUCCCCUUAGCAUUUGUUUUAAUAGUGGGUCUCUUAAAGCAUGUACUUGAGUCAUUCGAAUGUAGUGGAGUACCUGAAUGUGUUGGAAAAAAAGAAUAUUUUUCUUGUUUUUAAAUGUAUAGUUAACCUACAUUUGCAAUGACAAUGUCUUUAAUUUUUUUUGUAUAUAUAUAUUUUUAUCAGCACUGUGGCUAGCAAGGGAUGUUUUGACUUUUAAAAAAAAAAAAACUUUUAUCACUUGUUAUUGGAUAAAUAAACUUUUUUGAAG